AUGUUAUCAUCCAAUUUUGAUUUUGAGGAUAACAUUUCAAAUGAAAGCAAUCAUGCUUGCAUAGCACGUCACGUGUUAACUAGUUGCUCCUCAAAACAGAUUAAUAGGUUCUCUUUGGCUGUGAAUGGUUAUGUUUGUAAUCUGUGCUUUGAUGCAUGCACGAGUGAACUAAUUAGUCGCAAUGCUCUUGAACUUAAACUCGAGGGAUCACUUGUUACUCACGGUAUCUUCACAUUCAAAACCUUGACUGCUUUGGACCUCAAGUCAAAUAUUAUACUAUUAGAUACCAAGGAUAUUCCUACUUUUGAUCUUCCAAAUCUGAAAAAGCUUCGUACUCAUCUUUUCUAUCCUUCAAGUGACCUCUCAGAAAAGCUUUUCUCUAGUUGCCCAGUACUGGAGGAUUUAACAAUAGAGGGAAAUGUAAGAAGUGAAACUAAAUUCAAUAUUUCCUGUCCGCUUUUGAAGAGAUUGAAGAUACAGUUACAAGCAUGGGACUUCGAGGGGCUGAAAUAUAAAUUUGUACUCAAUGCCUCAAACCUCAAAUACCUGGAGCUUAUUGACAUGUUUAAAGCAGAAUAUGUUGUUGAGAAUCUGACAUCUGUGGUUGAAGCAAAACUGAAAAUGAGAAAGGGUGCUGCAGAUGAAAUAUUUGGCAACCUUGCAGCUGAGCUUCUCUGGGCUUUUCGCAACUUGCAAUCCUUAUCAAUGGACGAAGAUUGUUUAUUAGCUAGCAUGGUACUUAACGAUCCCGGACGAUGUGAUCUGCCUACUUUCAAUGAUAUGAAACGUCUAGAGCUGUUUUUUAAUGAUCACAGUGAUCAGGAAAUGAUAGCUUCUCUCCUUAAUGUUUGCCCAAAUCUAGAAUCUCUCAUAUUAUUCGAGUCAUUUGCUGAGGGUGACAAAUCACGGGCACAUCAGCGUUACAUGGAAAUAUUUGGAUUGAAGUUGAAUUCUGAAGCAUUUGAUUGGAUCCUGGACUAUGGCCCACUGCCAUUGUGGGUGGACAAUAUCUGGAGGAAUGAAGUUGCCUACUUCAAUUGGCCGUUGACAGUUGAUUAG